AUGUCUAGGGAGUUGAUCGAAAACAUGACGGAUCGAUUCAAUGACGCCACAAGGCAGAUGGCGGCUGGUCCGAGUCGUAGAUGUCGAUCUUUCAUGCUGCGGGGUCUGGUGCACAGACGGCGGGUGUUUGGUGGCAUUGCGAUCACAAGGGGCGAAGAUCAAGCAAGCCAGGUGUCGGAUCCUGGCCUGUCCGGUCGUCGGCCGGCCUGUUUGCGACCAGGUGGGGGAGAUGCGGUGCGCGGGAUCAAGGCCGCCAGCGCAAUCGAGUGCGGGACGCGGGACGCGGGAGCGGGCGAGGGACAGCCCCCACUGGAGCUCUCUGAAACGAACCGCCGGCUGCUGCCAGCCAUGACGGGCAUCUGCAGGUGA